AUGCCUGAUCGCUCACGUGCCUUCGCCUUCUUUGGGGCUUUUCUGCUUCCCGUCGCUGUUGAGGCUGAGAACCCUUUCUCCAGUGGCACUGCGACUGCUGCUGUUAGCACCAAUGCCUGGGUGAUUCCUUUGACGGGACCGACGGCUACUGGUGCUCCUUGGGGUAUCAACAUCUCCCAGUCGGGAGGUAAACCGACCAAGGUGCCCGUCGUUCUCGGGGCUAUCGAGACAAGCACUUCCACAAGCACCGCUAUUGCUGUGGAUGCGAUCGCACCCGUCGGGGCCAGCAAUGAACAGCUAGUAAUUGUUCCAGGCGCCUCUGGGAUCCAGCUCAGUAACUCCACUUCAUUGAGUGUGCAAAGUGGAGGCCCCAGCAGCCAGAACGUGACUCUACCUAUUACUCCGUUCAGUCUGAACCUGGGAUACGGCAACUCGUGGAACGGCUCCUUCGUGCUCGGAGGAUACUUCGACAAGAACCGCAUUUUCUCGGAGAAAUGGACGCCUACGCAAGGAACCUCAAGUGGUAACGUGACCUUACUCGUAACGGGCAAACAGUCCGUUGGAACAGUGAGCCUUCGCAAGUUCAUCUUCCAGGGCGACGUGGCCGGUGACCAGGGCUCAAAGAUCACCCCGUCCACUCCAUUCGGCAACUCCAAGGCCGGCGAUGUCGACCCCAACCACGACGCGACCCUCGAUUUCAACUUGAACACUAUCAUGCUUCCCUCCAAAGAGUACUGUGGUGCGAACAUUUCCAUUACUCUCAACCCGGGAGUUGCGGGUGACAACACCUAUAGCGAGCUGCAGAUUCCUAUCCCGGCCGAGUUGACAAACUCCGACCAAUGCACGACGACUAACUCGGGCAGAGUAGUCUUGGGAAGGCCAUUCUUCCAGGCCGCUAUGAUCUAUGUUGAUGAUAGUGGAGACAUUUAUUUCAAUGCGGCUAAUCGCUGGGGUUUCCCUGUCAGCCUUGAUACAUUCAAUAAGGAUGCCAUGCUUAGUGUACCCAGUCAACCAGCUACGGCAACGCAGUCCGCUACUCCAACGCCGACCAAGUCGUCGUCGGCUACUCUGAAUGAUUUGCCGAGCCCCAUGUGGAUGGCGCUGAUGGCUGUUUCUGCAUUGUUCUUCAAUGCAUGA